AUGACUUUAGCUGACCGGUUUUUGGAUGCUGAUCAAGAGCUUCAACGUAGGCUGCCGUCUAUUGGAGAUUUUGAAAACGAACCAGUGGUCUCACUUGAAGAGGCGGCUAAAAAGCUGCAAUCGUUAACAUAUCUCUAUGACUAUAAAGUGGUGCCGGCAUUAAAUAAGAUGCGCCACUUAAGAGAAAGUCUUACAUUGGAUGAAGCAGCUGCUAUUCAUCUUUAUACUAUGUGGCAUCAGAGAGCUGAUUCAGCUAUUGCUAUACAACUGAAUAGAGCACUUCGAUCUGGAGAUGCAAGUCAUAUCAAGCGUUGGCUUUCCUAUCUCAAACUCUUCGUGACUGGUUUGAAUAAAUUACCACCAAAGAAGGGCACAAUUUGGCGUUUUACUCGAGGCGAUAUUACUGCUCGUUUUCAAAAUGAAUGUAUCUGGUCUGGAUUCAGCUCUUGUACAGGAACAAAAUCAGUAAUGACAAGAGCUUUUGAUCCAUGCGGUGUAUAUACUGUAUUCAAAAUUGAAUGUAUUAAUGGUAAAUCGAUCAGCAAUUAUUCUGAGCGGCCAGAUCAGGAUGAAGUUCUAUUAAUGCCGGGUACACGCUUACGGGUGCUGGAUAAAUAUUAUCAGGGGGAUGAUAUCCACAUGGUAUAUCUACAAGAAGUAGAAUCUCAAAAUCAGCUAUCACCUUAUCGUCCAAGUUACACAUCGCCAAUGAAUCAAUCAUAUCGCACAGAUCAAGGCUUACCUUCACCCUCAAUUCAACCAAGCAAGAAACCAGAGGUUCCACAAGUAAAUAGUAAGUUCGUUUUGAGAUUGAACUAUCUUUUAUUAUAA